AGCAUUUCCGGAACUCUCUCCGACAGCGGAUUGUUGAGCUUCUCUAGAAAACGUGGUUGGGGCCGUUGAUCGGCGCCGUAGAGGGCUGGGGGAUGUCGGUGGCUGGUGCUACUGACCCGGCGGAGCCCAGCGGAGGCAGAGGCAGCGCGCUCUUUGCCGGCUUCCGCGCGCUCGGGCUCUACUGCAAUCAUCUGGCGCACGUGCUGCGCUACCAUCGCCGCCACCGCGAAUUCUAUCUGGUCGCCGCGGUGGGCAGGAGCUUCCACACUUACAACGUGAAGAAGCUGGGCAUAGUUGCUGUUAGCAAUGCUUUGCCACAAAAUAUUACAUGUUUGGCAGCUGAUCGAAUGCUGGUCUUUGCAUCGUGUGAUACUCUUCUGUAUGCUUUUGCUCGCAACAAAGAGGUGGUUCACACUUACUCAGGUCACCGAACAGAUAUUCUUUUUAUAUUGCCGUUUGGGGAUCAUGUUAUCUCUGUUGAUAAUGACAGCAUUCUUAUUAUUUGGGAUGUGCAAUCAGAAGAAGAAUACUUGCAGCUGGAUUUUGAUAAGACUAUAUUUGCCAUUUCUGCUGUUUUACACCCAUGUACUUACAUGAAUAAAAUACUUCUUGGUAGUGAACAAGGACCUUUACAAUUGUGGAAUGUAAAAUCCAACAAACUUUUAUAUACAUUUCCAGGAUGGGGUGCAGGAGUGACAGUCCUUCAACAGGCGCCAGCAGUGGAUGUCAUUGCAAUUGGGCUUGUGACUGGUCACAUUAUAGUGCAUAAUAUUAAGUUUGAUGAAACACUGAUGAAAUUUCAACAAGAUUGGGGGCCCAUAACAGCAAUAUCAUUUCGUACAGAUGGGCAUCCAGUUGUGGCUGCUGGAAGUCCUGUUGGGCAUAUUGGGUUAUGGGACUUAGAGGAAAAGAAACUUUUGGGCCAGAUGCGAGAUGCACAUUCUACAGCAAUUUCGGGUAUGUCAUUUGUCCAAGGAGAGCCACUUCUCAUUACUAAUGGUGCAGAUAAUGCUAUUAGGGUAUGGAUCUUUGAUGGCCCUGGAGGAAGUGGUAGACUCUUAAGAUAUCGAAUGGGACAUAGCGCACCUCCAACAAAAAUCCGAUAUCAUGGGCAAAACGGGCAGCAUAUUCUUAGUGCUAGUCAAGAUGGUACUUUACAGUCAUUUUCUACAGUGCAUGAAAGAUUCAACAAAAGUUUAGGACGUGGUUCAAUAAAUAAGAAGAAAUCAAAAAAGAAAGGACUUCGGCAUGACACAAUGGCACUUCCCCCUAUUACAAUGUUUGCAACAGAGGUGGCCCGUCAAAAUGACUGGGAUGGUAUCAUUGCUUGCCAUCAAGGUUAUGUAACUUGUACUACUUGGAAUUAUCAGAAAACUUCAAUGGGAAUUCAUAAACUGAAACCAGAAGACUUCAGCAAAAAUAAAUCUCUUGGUAUAUAUGCAACAGCAGUAGAUAUUACUUCUUGUGGAAACUUUGCUAUCAUUGGACUUUCAACAGGGCAUGUGGAUAAAUACAACAUGCAGUCUGGUAUUCAUAGAGGACGUUAUGGCGAAGAAAAAGCUCAUGAAGGCUCCAUAAGAGGCAUAGCAGUGGAUGGAUUAAACCAGUUUACAAUCACAAUAGGAAGUGAAGGAUUGAUCAAGUUCUGGAAAUUCAAGACCACAACAUUUGUUCAUUCUAUUGAUCUUUCUACGUCUCCAAGUAAAAUGUUGCUUCACAGAGAUAGUGGCAUUCUGGGAAUAGCUAUGGAUGAUUUUGGCAUCAGCGUUCUGGAUAUAGAGACAAGAAAAAUUGUGAGAAAGUAUUCAGGACACCAAGGACAGAUAAAUGACAUGGUAAGUCCUUAACUAUAAAUUAUAAAGGGUAUGAAGAGUGAUGUACAGGUAGUCCUUGACCAUUCAUUCAGUGA